AUGGUUGAGCACGUUUCCAUGCCCUUGGCUAAGCAGUUGGCUAAGAGCCCCAUGUCAUUAGCUAACACCCCCAUGACUGGGGAAAAACGAAGCCACUUGAGGUCGGACUGGAUUACAGACCCUUGCUUGGAAGAAAAUUACAGUCUGGCUGCUAGGGCAUAUAAGGCCAUGAAAGCGUUGGCAAUCGAGCGGUCGGUUGGCCUGAUUCAGUUCUCCGUUAUUCAUCACGACCGCGCGUUGUUUAAUGCCCUGGUCGCGGAAAUCGCAGGCAGUCUCUCUCGCGUCAUCAUUUUCGGUGAGACGCCCACACUGAAUACACUCCCGAUAAAGAGUGAGCGGGAUCGUGAGGCUCCUCUUUUGUUCCGCUAUGGCUUGCUGCCUGGUUUAGCAACUGAAGUCGGGUCUACGACCGAGGUCGAGUCAACGAUUUACAACGAUAUUCUGCCGCUCCAUCACCCGUAUCAGUUUACGGGUCUCCUCGGCACGAGUACCGCUCGUGGCCGAGUAAGUCAGGCACUCCGACCACCAUACCUCAACAUGUUUGACCGCAGCACGCUGACCGGUAAGGGCCCCGCUUUUCGGCGACUGCUGACGGCCCUGGAUGAACUAUUUACGACCGCGGUCGCCGUCGACGGCGUCUACUACCUGCGCCAAGUCGCAAAGUUCAACGUCCUCCGAGAGAUAAUGCUCAGCUGGUGGGUAGACGAAACACGCUGGGCACUAGUCCCCAAAAGUGGGGAGCUCCUCCAGAGCGAGCAAUCCUUAAAUAGGCAACCCUCCACCCGGCAACCCUCGACCCGGCAACCCUCGACCCGGCAACCCUCGACCGGAGAACCAUCGCCUGGAGAAUCUUCGAUGAGUAGACUCAGAAUGCCGAGGUUGUUGGAGUACGCACACACGCAGGCAGCCAAGUUCGUGUUCGCUCUGUGGCAACCUCGCUACGCACACGAUUUCGUCUACAAGGCCAUGCUGCACAUGGCUAUUGACCAAGACAACAGUGACGCCGUCCUCCUUUUGGUCUCCGACGUGACAGCGACACUGCGAAGGACUCAGUCCGUCCUGGGCUGCCUGGUCGCCCGACGGGCAGUGAAGUCCAUCGAACGUCUGGCCAGUCAUGGGAAGCUAAUGGUUGACCGACAGUCAGCCGAAGACUUGCGCGCUCUUCUAACUCUGCUGGAAGAAUACAAAGGACCUAUUCAAGAAGAAGCACCCACCGACCCUUUAGAAGACCUGAGGAGACGGCUCGUGACGUUACGCCAGUGA